GUUAACUGGAAGCAAUGACGUCAUCUUAAAAUGACGAUGGUAAAAACCGCGCGUUUUCAGGAGAAACAUGGCAGACUACAAUGGUGAAAGAGUUUACAGCUCUUUGACGAUUAUUGUUUGGCUCAUUUUACAGUUGACAGGAUUUGUCAGUUCUUUUUGUCCCCUAGGAAAAUACCUUACCGCUUCUAUGGUAUGUCGUGAUUGUGAAUUUGGGUAUUACUGUGACUCUACUGGAAUUAAGCCAUGUCCUAUUGGUACAAAAUGCUCUGAACGUGGAAUGGCAGCAAGCACGCCAUGCAAGAACGGGACUUUCCAGUCAUUAACAGCCCAGGUGUAUUGUAUUGAAUGUCCCAUUGGACGUUACUGCCCCACGGAAGGUCUUACCGAAGGAAUUCUUUGUCCUGCGGGUUCUAAGUGCUAUACCUCAUUUAAUAUGUUGCACUCACCAUCAGCAACAACAAGACAUUCUGACAACUUGCCAAGCAAUCAAUUUUCUCAAUUCGCGGUAGAUGAUCAACCAGAAUGUAGUCGAACAAACACCGUGAGAAAUCCUGAUAAACUAGACGUUCCAGCAUAUUGGAGGAUUGAAAAAAAUGAAGACCAAACAUGGCUUCAGUCUGUUUUUUUUGAAACAGAAACUGAAUCUUUGCAUCACUUCAGCGGAUUUAAAAUCCUUGUAGAGGUAGAUCCCAACUUUAGUUUAUAUGAAACUGACCUGAGCAAACCUGGAGCCAGCUCAACUGUGUGUUAUGAGCAUGAAAAUUCGCCACCUGAAAGCAUAUCAAAGUCAAUCACCUGUGAUCCACCACUUGUAGGAAAUCGAUUUGUGAUAUGGCAUUCUACAACAACAACACAACUUGUCCUGUGUAAAGUUGAAAUGAUAGGUGUUUCAGGAGGUACUAACCCUUAUCCAUGUGCGAAAGGAGAAUAUCAGCCAAAUGUAGGACAAAGCAGCUGUCUGAGAUGUGACUCUGGCUACUAUUGUAACCAAACGGGUCUUGAGGCCCAAGAGAUUUGCCCAGCAGGCUCAAUGUGCCCUAACUCUGCCGAAAGUCCGACAGCAUGCCCAGGUGGUACCUAUCAGUCAGAGACUGGACAGGUGGAGUGUUUGAGUUGCAUGGCAGGUUAUUAUUGUGAGAGUGGUGCGAUUAUGCCGGUUAUCUGCCCUGUUAAUCAUUAUUGUCCAGGUGCAGGAAAUGCUUAUCCUGUGCCAUGUUCGCAGGACACCUUCGCAGACACAGGGCAAGAAGCAUGUUCAUCAUCUCUGGAUGGUUAUUAUACAAAUAACGGACAACAAACAAUAUGUCCAGCCGGACAUUUUUGUAUCAAUGGAGUACUUGCAAAAUGCUCAGUGGGAACAUUUGUAGCACAAAGUGGCUCGGCUGCAUGUGACCCGUGUACGGCAGGGUAUUAUUGCGAAACUGAGGGGCUACAGUCUGUAACUGGUAUAUGUUGGUUAGGACAUUUCUGCGCAGAAGGUGCAAGUAUUCCUACACCAUGUUCAGAUGGUUACUACCAGGCAGCAGAGGGAAAACCUACGUGUGAUAUUUGCCCAAUCGGCUACUAUUGUAACCAAACUAUGGCUGAGAAUGCUAAGCAAAGCGGAGCUGAUAAACCAACGCAUGGUGUUGUGAUCCCUACAAAGUGCCCUGUAAACAUGUGCCUAGAACCCGGAUCAACAGAUUUGACAUAUACAUGUACAUAUGACCCUUUUGAAAGUGGAAACUUGGCACUUGACAUCAGUUGUACACCUAGUUGUAUGAAGAGGAUGACGUCAAUGUCUGACCUGAAGUUCAUUGUUACAUGUGCUAAUUGCGAGGAUUGGGUUCCAACAUACCAAUGGUCACUCAGAGAGUGUUUUAAUGAAAAUAUUAUGGAAUGCGUGCAUUGCAGUGAUGAUAAUAUGUUUCGUCCAUCAACAGGAGACUUUACAAAAAUUAUCCAUAGCAACACAGCAGGUUGGGCAUAUUUUGCCGUUGUAGUUAAGGUUACUCUGCAAAAUCCCAGUAAAGAUGAAGGAAUGACAUCAUUUAUUUAUCAGUAUUACGAUAACACAAAGGUUGUAUGCGAGGUAUCACCUGUUACUGGACAGGCAAUGACAACUCCAUUUACUAUCACAUGUAAUGAGCCAACCUUGCCAGAAGUCUUGCCCUAUACCUGUAAGGUGUCCUAUGCAUUAGAAGAAUAUGGAGAAAACUUAAUUUACCAACGAGAAGAUACAUGUAAUCAUGACGGGAUAUCUUUACAUCAAGGUGAAAAGGAGCAGGAUUAUAGAUUACAUUUACUUGUUGCUGGUACAUACUUGGAUCAUCUUCUUUGGCAAGCACCUCUUCUACUCACGGUGGAACCAACCCCUGUUACAAAUGAAGAGCUUGGAAAUACAGUAGAUGAUUUAAGUGGCAACCUAACAGAAAGUGCUACUGAAGAAGAAGUUAUCGAAAUUUUGAAUGACUUGCAAUCUGUUUCAAUCACUCUUAAUACUAAACCUCCAGAUGCAAACAUUACCUUUUCAAACUAUAGUGCUACUGAAAAAGAAGAAAUGGCAAAAGAAGAAAAUAAGAAG